CAGCUGCUGAGCUGAGAUGACAUAUAUAAACAUAACCUUAAAUUAAUGUAUUUUUAACUCUUCAAAGUUGUAAGCUGCUUAUUGAUCUUUAAUAAAAAAUUAAUCUCUAUUUAUCAGAAUCGACUCUCUAAAAUGUCACUAGGACUUGUCGCUUAUGACAGCAGUGAUGAGAGUGAUGACAACGAUUCAACAUCUGCUGAGGUGACCAGAAAAUCACCUAAAAAUCAUGAAUUUAGUGUCAAAAAUGAAAACUCUACCGAUAAAGACCUGGAAGAAAAUGAACUGAAAUCGAUCACGACAGUUUCAUCUUGUUUGAGUGGUAAUAUCAGUGAUGAAGAUGAUGAUCCAACAACUUCAAGCAGUGGUGCGAGUAAUUCUAUGAAACCGGAAUUAUCAACCGUACAUGAACAAAAAGUGACAAAACUCCAUGACAUUGACUUUGAUUGGAAUCAGUUGUCAAAAAAUCAUAAAUCUUCUGCUCGAUCUGUUAAAAUUUCGGUCCCAUCAUUGGUCGAUUUGAAGGAUGAGGAAGAUUCUGAGCCGGUUAAGAAGAAAAUCAAACCAUCAAAGAGUGGAUCCGGCUUAUUUGCGUUGCUACCGAGCCCGAAAAAUCAAUUCGGUAACCAAGUUCCACGGCAAAUUGCAAGGCCGACUGCCAAGUCACCUGUCAUCAAGAGCAAACCACUACCUAGUAGCUCAGCCACUUUGAAAAGCAAAUCCGUCCUGUCACUCAACUACGAUGACUCUGCAGAUGAAGAAGAAGAAGAUACCGAAAAUUCAUCAACUGCCAAAAAAGUUGAUUUUUUCAGUUUGGAUGCACCGAAGAUUGUCGCAGCACCAGAUGUUGCAAUGCCGCACGUUGACGUCUCACUACCUUCUCUCAUCACCCAACCGGAAUCUAGUGAAACGUCCGAACAUCCCACAGUCGGUGAUCACAGAGAAGCAAUUAGCAAUUACCCAGCAACUGCUCAUUACCCUGAUCCACAAACAGAGACCUCCAAUCAAAUAACCUAUGAUGAUGCGUGUAGUUCAACAUCAUACAUCCCAUUUGACUCUACAAAUGUGGAAUUGGAUCAGACUGCUCUUGAACAGCUGUGCGGCAGAAAAGAGAGACAGAAGGGUGCGGCCAACAUCCAGCUGAUCGAUGUGAGUGGUGACCAGAUCCUGCCCGACAGCCGCGAGUGGCUGACAAAGCAGUUGACCGAGGAGCAGAGCCAGAGUCACAGCCAGAGCCAGCAGCGCUCCAAGCGCAACAAGGACGGACCAACCUCACAGCAGAAACGCAAACACCAGAUCACCUACCUCGCAUUCCAGGCUAAAGAAAAUGAGCUUGAGCUGAAAAAUCAAUGGGCAAAUAACAGACUGUCGAAAAAACAAACACAAGCAAAGUAUGGUUUCUAGAUCGUUCUGUAUAUUGUAUUAACAAUGUGAAUUCCUUAGAUGUGUAAGAAUCCUACAACAAUCAAGAAAUUUUAUAUCCUGUUAUUAUAAGUAUCGGGCAAGAAUUUAACUCAAACUUAUAAAAUGAUUAUUGUAGUUUGGGAUUGGCUGGACUGAAUUAAAAUAAUUUUUUCCUACAGUUACCUUGGAAAGUGGCCAUUGC